GGUGGGGGACUGGGGACGGUGGGAGCUGCUGUGUGAGGAAGAGCUGCUGCCGGUGUCAUGGCGGAGCUGAGUGAGGAGGCGCUGCUAUCAGUGUUACCGACCAUUCGGGUCCCCAAGUCAGGAGACCGGGUCCACAAAGACGAGUGCGCCUUCUCCUUCGACACGCCGGAAUCUGAGGGCGGCCUCUACAUCUGCAUGAACACAUUCCUGGGCUUUGGGAAACAGUAUGUGGAGAGACAUUUCAACAAGACAGGCCAGCGUGUUUACCUGCACCUCCGGCGGACUCGGCGCCUGAAAGAAGAGGACCCCAGUGCAGGCACUGGAGACCCACCACGUAAGAAACCCACACGGCUGGCAAUUGGUGUUGAAGGCGGGUUUGACCUCACUGAGGAGAAGUUUGAAUAUGACGAGGAUGUGAAGAUUGUCAUUUUGCCGGAUUACUUGGAGAUCGCCAGGGAUGGGUUGGGGGGCCUUCCUGACAUUGUCAGAGAUCGGGUGACCAGUGCUGUGGAGGCCCUGCUCUCAGCUGACUCCGCCUCCCGCAAGCAGGAGGUGCAGGCCUGGGAUGGGGAAGUCCGGCAGGUGUCUAAGCAUGCCUUCAAUCUCAAGCAACUGGACAACCCUGCUCGGAUCCCUCCCUGCGGCUGGAAGUGCUCCAAGUGCGACAUGAGAGAAAACCUGUGGCUGAACCUGACAGACGGCUCCAUCCUCUGUGGCCGACGUUACUUUGAUGGCAGUGGGGGCAACAGCCAUGCUGUGGAGCAUUACAGGGAGACUGGCUACCCCUUAGCGGUUAAGCUGGGCACCAUCACACCUGAUGGAGCUGAUGUGUACUCCUAUGAUGAGGACGACAUGGUCCUAGACCCCAGCCUGGCCGAACACUUGUCUCAUUUUGGCAUUGACAUGCUGAAGAUGCAGAAGACGGACAAGACCAUGACUGAGCUGGAGAUAGACAUGAACCAGCGGAUUGGUGAAUGGGAGCUGAUCCAGGAGUCAGGUGUGCCACUUAAGCCCCUAUUUGGGCCUGGCUACACAGGCAUCCGGAACCUGGGUAACAGCUGCUACCUCAACUCCGUGGUCCAGGUGCUCUUUAGCAUCCCUGACUUCCAGAGGAAGUAUGUGGAUAAACUGGAGAAGAUCUUCCAGAAUGCCCCGACAGACCCUACCCAGGACUUCAGCACCCAGGUGGCCAAGCUGGGCCAUGGCCUUCUUUCUGGGGAGUAUUCCAAGCCACUACCAGAUACAGGUGAUGGGGAGCAGGUGCCAGAACAAAAGGAAGUUCAAGAUGGCAUUGCCCCUCGGAUGUUCAAGGCCCUCAUUGGCAAGGGCCACCCUGAGUUCUCCACCAAUCGGCAGCAGGAUGCCCAGGAGUUCUUCCUUCACCUUAUCAACAUGGUGGAGAGGAAUUGCCGGAGCUCUGAAAAUCCAAAUGAAGUCUUCCGCUUCUUGGUGGAGGAAAAGAUCAAGUGCCUGGCCACGGAGAAGGUGAAGUACACUCAGCGAGUGGACUAUAUCAUGCAGCUGCCUGUGCCCACGGACGCGGCCCUUAACCAAGAGGAGCUUCUGGAGUACGAAGAAAAAAAGCGGCAAGCCGAGGAGGAGAAGGCGCCCCUGCCAGCACUGGUUCGGGCCCAGGUGCCCUUCAGCUCCUGCUUGGAGGCCUACGGGGCCCCUGAGCAGGUGGAUGACUUCUGGAGCACAGCCUUGCAGGCGAAGUCAGUAGCUGUCAAGACCACGCGGUUUGCCUCCUUCCCUGACUACCUGGUUAUCCAGAUCAAGAAGUUCACCUUCGGCUUAGACUGGGUGCCCAAGAAGCUGGAUGUGUCCAUUGAGAUGCCAGAGGAGCUAGACAUCUCCCAGUUGAGGGGUACAGGGUUGCAGCCAGGAGAGGAGGAGCUGCCUGACAUUGCCCCACCCCUGGUCACUCCGGAUGAGCCCAAAGGUAGCCUUGGUUUCUAUGGCAACGAAGACGAAGACUCCUUCUGCUCCCCUCACUUCUCCUCUCCGACAUCACCCAUGUUGGAUGAGUCAGUCAUCAUACAGUUGGUGGAAAUGGGCUUUCCUAUGGACGCCUGCCGCAAAGCUGUCUAUUACACGGGCAACAGCGGAGCUGAGGCUGCUAUGAACUGGGUCAUGUCGCACAUGGACGAUCCAGAUUUUGCAAAUCCCCUCAUCCUGCCUGGCUCCAGUGGACCUGGGUCCACAAGUGCCGCGGCUGACCCUCCACCAGAGGACUGUGUGACCACCAUUGUUUCAAUGGGCUUCUCGAGGGACCAGGCCCUGAAAGCUCUACGGGCCACGAACAAUAGUUUAGAACGGGCUGUUGACUGGAUCUUCAGUCACAUUGACGACCUAGAUGCAGAAGCUGCCAUGGACAUCUCAGAGGGACGCUCAGCUGCUGACUCCAUUUCUGAGUCUGUACCAGUGGGACCCAAAGUCCGGGAUGGUCCUGGAAAAUAUCAGCUCUUUGCCUUCAUCAGUCACAUGGGCACCUCUACCAUGUGUGGUCACUACGUCUGCCAUAUCAAGAAGGAAGGCAGAUGGGUGAUCUACAAUGACCAGAAGGUAUGUGCCUCUGAGAAGCCCCCCAAGGACCUGGGCUACAUCUACAUCUACCAGAGAGUGGCCAGUUAAGAGUCUGCCCUCACCCUUUGCCUUUGAAGGCAGGGCAGCCCGGCUGGCUUGAGGGACAGGGGCUAAGGGACGGAUUUCAGCCCCUGCUCGGUACCCUUCUGUUUUGUCCCCAGCUGCUGGGAAGAGCGGGACACCAUAGAACAAUGGGCCAAGAGGAGGGGCAUUCAGUAGACUUUGGGGCUAGGGCAGGGACACGACAGGAGGGGAGGGUUAGUUGUCCACUAGGAGACCUUGUUGCUUCCCCUGCAGUGCUCUGCUUCUCUGUGUAACCGAGCCGGCCCCUGGAGCGGGAGGAGCGGCGGGGAGGGCCCUACUCCCUGGGUGGGGGUGUGGCUUGUGCGUCCUCUCCCAGGGGAGGGGCCUCGGCUUCCCUCCCCUGAUGUGUGUGCUCCUUUGUGGUUUGGCAAGGAGGGGUAUGAGGGAAAUGGGGACCCCCUUGCCCUUCUGCCUCAGUCUCCCAUCCUUCUCCGUCCUCUGGAAAAAAUGCCAAAAUACACGAUGUGAAUAAAAGUACAAUGGCUAAA